GGCUCCGGGCCGAGCCCGACCCGGGACGAGGAGGGGCUGAGCCGCGGGGGAUCCUGGAAGAAUCGGCGGGGAGGUGGGGAUUCUGGGAGGAAAACUCCAUUUCCUCCUUCCCCGCCGGCUUCUCCCGGCCAGCCCCAGCACCCCAAAUUUCGAGGUAUCGCCCCGCGGGCGCAAAGCGGCCGCGCGUCCAGGAACAUGCUGGGCAUGUACGUGCCGGACAGGUUCUCCCUGAAGUCCUCCCGGGUGCAGGACGGGAUGGGGCUCUACACGGCCCGCAGAGUACGAAAGGGUGAGAAGUUUGGACCCUUUGCUGGAGAGAAGAGGAUGCCUGAAGACUUGGAUGAAAAUAUGGACUACAGGCUCAUGUGGGAGGUUCGUGGGAGUAAGGGGGAAGUUCUGUACAUUUUGGAUGCCACCAACCCACGACACUCCAACUGGCUUCGUUUUGUUCAUGAGGCACCAUCUCAGGAGCAGAAGAAUUUGGCUGCCAUUCAACAUCCCAUUUCUUUAUUUCAGGAAGGCGAAAACAUUUUCUAUUUGGCAGUUGAAGAUAUAGAAACAGACACAGAGCUUCUGAUCGGCUACUUGGACAGUGACAUGGAGGCUGAUGAGGAAGAGCAGCAGAUUAUGACAGUGAUCAAAGAAGGGGAAGUUGAAAAUUCUAAAGGACAGUCAGCCACUGGCAGGAAAGAUCCCCUUUGCUGUGAAGAGGACUAUGCCUGCCCACAGUGUGAAUCCAGCUUCCCCAGCGAAGAGAUUCUUGCUGAGCAUCUCCAAACAUUGCAUCAAAAGCCCACAGAGGAAAAAGAAUUUAAGUGCAAGAACUGCGGGAAGAAAUUCCCAGUUAAACAGGCCUUGCAAAGACAUGGUCUUCAGUGUACAGCGAAAAGCAGUCUGAAGGAUUCUUCACGAAGUUUUCAGUGCUCUUUUUGCAAUUCUUCCUUCAGUUCAGCGUUGAGUUUUGAGCAGCACCAAGAGACUUGCCGGGGCGAUGCCAGGUUCGUGUGCAAGGCUGACAGCUGCGGGAAGAGGCUGAAGAGCAAGGAUGCCCUGAAAAGACACCAGGAAAAUGUCCACACUGGAGAUACCAAGAAAAAGCUCAUAUGUUCAGUGUGCAAUAAAAAGUGUUCCUCGCCAUCAAGCCUCCAACAACACAGAAAGAUUCAUGAGAUAUUUGACUGUCAAGAAUGCAUGAAGAAAUUUAUUUCAGCUAAUCAGCUGAAGCGUCAUAUGAUCACUCACUCAGAAAAACGACCCUAUAAAUGUGAGAUUUGUAAUAAAUCUUUCAAGAGGCUUGAUCAAGUGGGGGCCCACAAAGUAAUCCACAGUGAAGAUAAGCCUUACAAAUGCAAGCUUUGUGGCAAGGGAUUUGCUCACAGAAAUGUUUACAAGAAUCACAAGAAGACUCACUCUGAAGAGAGGCCAUUCCAGUGCGGUGAAUGUAAAGCUCUGUUCCGGACCCCGUUUUCUUUGCAGAGACACCUGCUAAUACAUAACAGUGAGAGGACUUUCAAGUGUCAUCACUGCGAUGCUACCUUUAAAAGAAAAGAUACAUUAAAUGUCCAUGUCCAAGUAGUGCAUGAAAGACACAAGAAGUACAGGUGUGAGCUGUGUAAUAAGGCAUUUGUUACGCCGUCUGUGCUCAGGAGUCAUAAGAAAACACACACAGGAGAAAAGGAGAAGGUCUGCCCCUAUUGUGGCCAGAAGUUUGCCAGCAGCGGGACCCUGCGGGUGCACAUCCGGAGCCAUACAGGUGAGCGUCCCUAUCAGUGUCCUUACUGUGAAAAAGGAUUCAGUAAAAACGAUGGACUCAAGAUGCACAUUCGUACACACACCAGGGAGAAGCCGUACAAAUGCUCAGAAUGCAGCAAAGCCUUCAGCCAGAAGCGGGGCCUGGAUGAGCACAAGAGGACCCACACUGGAGAAAAGCCUUUCCAGUGUGAUGUUUGUGACUUGGCUUUUAGCCUGAAGAAAAUGCUGAUCCGACACAAGAUGACUCAUAAUCCCAAUCGUCCGCUGGCUGAAUGCCAGUUUUGCCAUAAGAAGUUUACAAGGAAUGACUACCUCAAAGUGCAUAUGGACAAUAUCCAUGGUGUAGCUGACAGCUAGUGGUAGCUGUAAAGCACUUACACCAUUCACAAGGGCUACUAAUAUGAAUCCCAGCUUUUUCUCAUCUGAUCAACAUAACAGAAAUAGUCAAAAGUAACUUACUGAUCUCAAGUUCUUAUUUGUUUUCCAUUGGUGUCUAUAAUGUACAUAUAAAAAAAGAGAGAGACAAAGUAUUACUUUGACCAAGAAACACUACAAACAGAAAAACUUCUGUAGCUUUGCAAAAUACCAUUUGUGUUCUGUCAUAGAAAAUGGAGAAAGGAUUCAUGGCUCUCUUGGCUAUCUCUCUGUAAUUAAGUUUAUUGACAUAUUUCCCCAUUAGGCUUUAUUUUAUUAUUAUUUUUAUACAUGUGUAUAUCUCUGUGUGUAUGUGUAUGCACACUUUCAAAUACUGAUUAUUGCAACCAGUUAUUACUAACUUAAAUAGAAGUUAAGUUAUCCAAAUAUUUCUUUGCAAAUAAGAGUAAGAGUAAACAUUUUCAGUCUCAAGCAUGGUAGCAUGAUAAAUACUUGCUAUUUUAUGAAACAGACCAAGAGUUUCUCUUAUUUAAUAGUUUCAUGCAACAAACGAGCUUAAAAUAGAGAUAUUUAAGAAUUAAGACAUCUAUUAAAAUAUUCUUUGUGUUAGAGAACUCUCAGGAAUCAUUAUUUUAUGCAUUACUUAUAUUCCGAUACUCAUGACCUAGAAUAUUUUCAUAAGAUCUGGAUAAAAAUAACUAUAACAUUUAAAUAUUCAUCAAGCUGCCCCUCUUGAGUUUAUACUGUUCUAUUUAGAAUUAAUGAUAUACAAAUAUGUGGAGCUAAAAGUAGAAACAGAAUAAGUUCUCCAUAUUUGCUGGCUGAGACUAGCAGGACAAUAGUGUAGCGUUACCUCACUAGUUAUGACAAACAUAGCCUUUACCCUCUCACUCCAUGAAAGCAUACAGUAGAUGUUGUGUGAGUAUAAUAGAGUCCUCAGAGCAUUCACAUUUCAUUUUGCAAGGGAUGUUUUCCAGAAUCUUGGCAGUUAGUGACUCUGAAACAGUUUUGAAUUGUCCUCAGUCAUCCCACAUACAUAGGAUUCCAGUAUAAAAAGUAAAGAUCUGGCAAUGGUUAUGAUGGAAAUUGUCAUUAAUCCAUAAGGAAAAUGAGAGCAAGUGCGUAAUUUCUUCUUUAGAUUAUAUUUCAGUAAAAUACUUGACAGCAAUAUACAAUGAACAGCUUAGGGAGAUGAUGAUGCAAUACACUCUUACAGUGUUGUCAAAAUGAGCUAGAGUCAUAAAGGUGAACAUGUUAGAGCUUUCAGGAUUACAAACAACCUGCUGCCUCUGACCUAGAGGAAUCCAAAAGCCAAAAAAUGUUAAAGUGAAACACAACUCAUGAACCCCUCUAACUGGAACUUACUGAAAAGAGAGGUGUGCACUUUAAAGGAAGUGGUUUGAUUAUAACAUGUUAGGAGAAUAGUUAUCUGAAGACACAAUUCUUUGACCUUACAAACCUCGUUUUAGAUUAUAUUGAUGUCCAGCUUCAGUUUCAAAAGAAACAUAAAGAUUUGAUAUAGAUAUAUUUAAAGCCUGUAAAAAUUCUAAAUUUAAAAUUCAUCAGAGGUAACCUUUAAAAAUAUAAACCCUGAAAUUAUAAUUUACAAGAUGGAUAUAUGUAGUAUUUUAGUAUCUGAUAUUAGAGAUUGUAUUUUAUAAAAAUAAAUUUUGGUUCUGUUUUGCACUGUUAUUUGUUUCAACAAUAUGUUUUUAGAGCAAAGUAAUCUUUAGUUCACCAUGAUAGAGUGCUGGAUAUCAUUUGAGUAUGAAAGGAAAGCUGUGAAAUAUGGUAGUGUUUGUUAUUUAAGUGUCCUCUGCUUAUUCGUUUGGAUGCUGUCCUUGCUAUAUGGGAUGCCCAUGCCCUCAUUAUGUAUUGACUGUGGUACUUUAGAGGAGGGCAAGUGGAAAUCUUGGAUAAUCUCAGUGAGAGUCACAAUUCUGGGACUGCUGUGAGCUUCCCUUAGAGCCAUGGGAUUAAUCCCCGUGCUGCUUCAGGGUAAAAUGACCAGGGAAAAGUAUUGAGUCUCACCCUGCUCUUGGCCUGCGGGCAGGGAAAACCUUAGAAGAAAGAGAGGACUCUCAGAGCAUCAUCCUCUUCCAAGUGCUGAAAGCAGAGCCGGUCCUCAGCAAGCAAUCUGUAUCCUUUUAUCCAUAAGAUGAUUUUUUUUAUAAAUAGUCACAAGCAUACUAGCAUUUGUGUGCUGUCACUUUGGAAUUGUUUGAUAGUAACAGAGGAAAAUGUUUUUAGGCUUGAUUGACAAAUCACAAAAAUAAAUAGUCAUAGACAACUAUAUAGACCACCUAGAAUGCAGGUAGUUUUAAAAGGUAACUUUUUUCUUUCCUGCUGUGAAACAUUUUAGCUCAGGUACUUUGCAGAUAGCCAAACUCGACACCUGUAUAGUCACAGCUAAGUGCUUUAAAAGGCAUUCAAAUAACGGGCAUAGAUUCAGGUAUCCUUUUAUAAUUGCUAUAUUUUCUUUUAGUAUGUAAGAUGUUUGUGUGCCUUGAAGUUUUUAUUUCAAAAUCACUGGCUUUUCUUCUCUUUUCUUUUCUUUCUUGCUUUCUUUCUUUUUCUUUCUUUCUUUUUUUCUUUCUUUCUUGUUGCUUCUUGUUAACUACAUAGAAAACAUAAAUGUAUUUGUUGAUGAUUAAUUCUUGGAGUUCCACAGAGUAGUUAAAAUGCUACUUUGAAGAAAUGAAUGUCUUCUAGUGUCAGUAUGUGUGUCUGCCUGUCUGCACUGCCUUUUAAUGCAGUGCUUGCCAUGCAAGUGCAUUUAUUUGCACAUAGCUCUUCUGAUCUGUUGCAGCCACGGCAUUGGCUGGUUGUAAAAAUGGAUACAGAGGAUCUUGGUGCCUUAAUGUAAGAAUUAAAUUUGAUGUGCUGCUACUCCCCCACAACUGGAAGGAAAGCACAGAUAAUAAAAAUAAUCCUUUUAUUCACAAAUGUAAAUCUUCCUUAUGCAAACUCAUUCUGGGUUGGGAAUGUAUGGAGGUAGACAGGUAAGACAGAACUAAAGUCUUACCAUUAAUACUGAGGUUUGUUUGUAUGCAUAGAAAUAGAAUGUUUGUGAAUCUAACAGAAUGCCAAUCACAUUUUUACUUUAUUACAAAUUUAUAAUAAAUGUACACAAAUCUCUGCCA